AUGGCAAGGUUGGUUACUGGAGCGCAGCGUUCUGCUCCUUCGUCCUCUUCCAAUAGGCAAUACAGAGUACGGGACGAUUUGGCGACUUCCACUUCGUCAGCCCUUCUUGCUGGCUCAAGAGGAAGGCCGCAAACUGGAUUAUAUAGAAAUCAACCGGGAGACCCUGUAGAUACUUCAAAAGUUAAGAAAAGAAGGUACCACCCGGGAACUUUAGCACUUCGUGAAAUCAGGCAAUUCCAAAAGGGAACAGAUUUACUUAUUAGAAAAUUGCCCUUCGCCAGGUUAGUUAAGGAAGUAGCCGAAGAGUACAUCGGUACUGACUAUGGAAUUAGAUGGCAAUCUAAUGCAGUAUUGGCGUUGCAAGAAGCAUGCGAAGCGUAUUUAAUUCAUUUAUUGGAAGAUACCAACUUAUGUGCCAUCCACGCGAAAAGGGUUACUAUCAUGCAGAAAGAUAUUCAAUUGGCAAGAAGAAUACGGGGCCAGUUCUAG